CAAGCUGCCACGUACCUCACGAGCAAUCCAUUUGCACUGACCAACGGUUCAGCUGUGUGCGACUUCUCUUCUUCUGACAUUUCUUUCUGUCUGACUCUUGCAAAACGAUUACCAUGGCUGACUCUACCGAUGCAUGGGCAACUGAGCAGUAUGGCACAGAAAAUUACGGAGCGGAGCAGUACGAUGCCGGCACUUACGGCACGGACUUCUACGGCACAGAACAGUACAGCACAGAACAAUACGGCACAGAACAGUAUGGCACAGGCUCUUACGUUACGGAUCAGUAUGGCACCGGUUACGACCAGCAAGGUUAUCAAGGUUGGGGCACAGAGCAGUAUGGACAGGGUUUCACCGGGUCAUCGGCCCUAGGCGAAAGCGACAAAGACGAUAACAGAUUAUCUAAAAUGAAGCUACUACUGCUGUUGGCACUUCUCCUCCUCCUCCUCCUCGUGUCAGCGUUAUUUGUGGUCUUCGUCAUCCCCAAGCUGUUCGGGGCUAAUGAAGAAGAUGGUGAAGGCGGCAAGUCCAUGGCUGACGAUGAAGCAGACUACCCACAUUUUCCAGCUGAUACCACCGGACAAGUUCUCCCUCCUACUGCAGUUCCUCACCCAGCGACCCGCAAGUCUACUGCGUUCUCGACUGCGAGGACUCCGCCUACAACUCCGACGACUCUGCCUCCGACGACUCUACCAACAACUCUGCCUCCGACGACUCUACCAACAACUCUACCUCCGACGACUCUACCAACAGCCCUACCUCCGACGACUCUACCAAUAACUCUACCUCCUACAACGUUUUCACCGACGACACCGACGACAACGUCAAGUACCACCACCACCACCACAACAACAACAACCACAUCGACCACAACCUCAAGCACGACCACAACCACGACCACUACCACCACCACGACUACAACCACUACCACCACCACGAGUACGACCACUAGCACCACCACGAGUACGACCACAAGUACCACGACAAGUACAACCACAAGUACCACGACAACCACCACAACCACCACCACAACCACCACGACUACCACCACGACUACCACCACGACUACCACCACAAGUACCACGACGUCUACCACGACGUCUACCACGACAUCUACAACUACCACAACGACCACGACAACUACCACUACCACUACCACAACGACCACGACAACUACCACUACCACUACCACAACGACCACAACGACCACGACAACAACUACCACUACCACAACGACCACGACAACAACUACCACUACCACAACGACCACCACAACCACUACUACAACGACCACCACGACACCACGACCACUUGUCGACUGGGGAAUACGACCACUAAUCUGCUUCAUGAGGACUUUCACACAAUCAAACACCAAGUUCCCCGAAGACCAUGUUUGCGACAUGGUGUACCUACAAGUGAAGGUGACUGCAUUUGCACAACAGCUGCCCCCACUGGUUGACACGUUCUACAAAGAAUCUCUAGCUAAGCCAUACACGCUAUACGGGUUGUCCAUCGACCCAGGCGAGGUCCUUGACCCUGCUAACCUCAACCAGCUCAAAAGUGCCAACAUGAAGAGCCGGCUGCAGACCGGAUGGGAAUACUGGGUCCGCAACUACGGUAUCUUGGACCUCGUACUGAGCGACAACAAGGUCAGGUCCGCACAGCAGGUGGUCCCGUGGAUAACAGAACUGAGGAACCUGCAGACGUCUUUCAAUGCCACCUUCAUUCAAUACGCCGAAUACCCCAGUCACCUAGUGGUCGGCGUGACACCAGCUUUCAAGGCGGGACAAGUAGAUAUUGCAAAGUGGGCUGCAGUCACACAGGGCAUAAUGGAUGCCAAUAUAGCAGACGGGCUCUUGAUAGUGACGGCGACAUACUUUGUCGUGACAGACAGUCAGAAGAGAUCUGUGGUUCAUUCACCGGCAGCGUGGAGUGAUGACUAUCGCAAGGAUAAACCCAAUUUUGUAGGAGGAUUGGAGAUUCUAGGACAAUUGAGGCUCGAUGCAUCCGUGAGACGCUUCGUCGCGUUUGACGCCAGUGGCAAAAAGUUCGCCUUAUCAACACGCCCACCAUCACAGUAUCCUCGGUUCACGAAAGAUACCACAGAAGGUGCAUUGUGCGACAGCGUGGCAUCAGUACCUCGACAAGACCUGUGCCAGCUGGUUCAGCAACCGACAGCGGCGACUCACAUAGACGGGACGACACAUUCCACGUUCGCUCUAUAUAAUCAAGAUUUGUACACCUUCGACACAGCCAGAAACAUGGUGACGAAGGCAUGCCUGGCUGCCCUGGCAAAACCUGGCCUGAGUUUAGGAUACUGCUUGUUCUACGCCGAGCUUGCCACCGCUGCUCCCAGUUGUCCUGCCAUCAGGUUACCGGGCAACAAGAAUAUCACGGGCCCAGAUGCCCUUCUCCGCUAUGCAAAGUCUCUGACGACGAGAACGUUCGUGCAAGGCACAGUCUGUCAGAACCUUCAGACGUGAACGACGUCAUUGCGAACACGUCUGCGUGGAUGCGGCAGGCGCAAACGAACACUGUCGUGAGCGAGUGCCAUUGAGUGACAGAUUGAAUGCCAUUUACCGUCCCAUCCAGACUCAAUAAACUAGCGUGCGUGAAUGAA